GCGAAUCUUCAUCCAUAAUUUUUGAUACACGGACCGUUUAUUUUGAAAGUGACAUAAUUCAGGAUUUUCCUUUGUUUUCAGAUAUUCAAGUGUUCGCGUUCCCACCGAUUGAAAAAUCCUAAUAAGAUCUUCUUAGUUUGUUUACGUCUGUACGCGUCUAAGUAGAUGUAAAUACAUUAUACAAAUAGGUCUUUGAGAAUUAACUAAAUGUCCUUCAUAUAUGUUAUUAUUUACUAAUUAUCUACGGAGACAAAGAAUUAGAGGAAACACUAAUCGUCUCUACUUGAAAAUUCCACAGGGCGGUUUUCGAUAUGUUAUUAUGGAUUUCAAUGAGUAAGCAGGUUUAAUAUUUAAUCCACGAUUUGAGGGUCGCCGUGCACUCCGCUCCUCGAGCUAACCUACUUUCGUUCGUGUAAGAAGGUUUGCUCGCGCACAGGGAUAUUUCGGUUGAUUUUUAAUUGUCAGUGACUAAAAAACAAAGUCAGAAACGCAAUAUUUCUUAUUUUUGAUUUUCAUCUUACUUUAGCCUCAGGAAUCAUCUCUCAAAUUUUGUUACACCUGUAGCCGAAGACGUUCUAUAUACAAGGUGUCCCUCGUAAUGGGAUUCAUUUUGCAUACGUUCUUACCAUUUGCGGCCAUGUAGCAAGAAAUGUUUUUAACUGUAUUUUAAUAGCGUUGAGUGUACUAUGUACAGAUGACGAUAAAAGAAUUCCGAUUGCCGUAAAUUAGUUUUCGCAUUAUGUGCAACAAUAUUUCGUUGCUAUCCGUCCGGAUUUUUCCGGAUUUUUUUCCGGAUUUGUUCUAGUUUUUAUGAAUAUUCCUCACUCGCUGACCAAAUGGUCAGCCUUCAUCGAUCAUCCGUAUUAUCAUGCUAUACGUGCGUUGCGUGCAGUGAUCUGUCAUGCGUCAGACGCAUCUAUACUAAUAUACCGGGUAGCAAUGCAUUUGUUUUUUCUAGGAACGAUUUUUAAGUAUUGUGUUCGUAUCAGAUGCAUUAGGUGCAAUCUACAUGCAAACACACCGCUAUCCUUCUACAAUUUAUAAUUUACAGAAAAUUGCAUCGUGGAUAUCUAACCUAAAAAAGCAUGUAGCUAGAGUUUUUAGAUUUCAGGCGGAGAAGUCCGGGAUUUUAAUGCUCUUCAUCGCAGAUUACUAAUUUUAUGAAUGGCAAACUUAUUUAAUAGUGAUAUCAGUUCGAUCAGCUUUUGAUUGCUUUGUCAUUUUCAAGAUAUGUUAUUAUAACUUCGAUUAAGAUAUUUUAUAUUUUACUUGAUUAUUUUACGUAGGACACCCUAUAAACACAGGGUGACUGAAUAUCGCUAUUACAUCGGGGACUAUUUGACAGUCAACAAUGACGAUUACUAUAGUGGGGACAGUUGUAUUAGUAAUUGUAUUUUGUAUAGUAGUUGCAUUGGUAAUUUGUAUAGGCGUAAUUUAACGUAUAGAUAAAAGUUAUUUUAAACGAUUAAUUGCUUGUUAUUAAUUCUACGACUGCGAUGUAACGAAAUUUGAUAUCGCGAUAGUAUAGAUAAUUUUAAUAACGUCGCGAUUUGAAACACCAAAUUAAACGAUUAUCGUGUUAAUUUAUAAAAAAAAACUAGGUGAAAAGAAAAAUUACUGGUACGUGUAAGUCAGUAAGUAUAAAGAUUGAUCGAUAAGUUAUCUAUAAUUUGAUAAAGAAGCCGAGCGGAAAUUUGAUGCUUACCGACCUCAUAAGACCAUAUGCAGUCUUUGUGAAGAUACUCGAUACUGUAUUUUAUUCUUGCAAAAAUGCAUAUGUCAUUUCAUCUCGGUGAAAAUGAAGUUAUUUUGUUUGAUGAAUGGCACGCGAUAGAUGGACAAGGUAUUGGAUGGUCCAUGGUUGGUAUUAUUCUUUUGACGUCUAUAUAUGAAGGAUUAAAAAGCUAUCGUGAUCAUUUGUUCAUCAAUACAGCACGGUUAUGGAAAACGAAAAAUAACAGAUCUAGGACGUCGUUCCUGUUUUCGAAAAUACACUUCUUCCAAACAAUUAUCCACGUUAUUCAGUUGAUCAUAGGAUAUUGCCUUAUGCUAAUUUUCAUGACGUACAAUAUUUGGCUUUGCCUCGCUGUGGCGUUAGGUGCAGGUCUUGGUUAUUGGCUGUUUGCUUGGGAAAAGUCCAGUGGUGAUAAUAUUGAUUGCUGCUUGUAAAUCUUAAAACAGUAUUUUGUAAUGAUAUAAUUAAUCCCGUAUUAUCGUGCUCUUAAAGCGCUCAUAUAUAAUUAAAAUUAUAAUGUAAAUAAUUUGUACAUCAUUUAUGAUAUUGAAUUUAUGAAAAUAGUCCUACAUAUUUAUUUAUAAAGCGUCAAUUUUGUUUCAGAGGCAUUUGAAACAGUACUUUGACAGAAAAUAUUUUUUAGAUAGAAAUAAAUGUAACUUUCUGGUAUAUAAUAGUGCUAUAAUAGCACUAAUAUAUAGACAGAAUUAUUAUGUAUGUAUUAUGAUUUAAAUAUAAAUAGAAAAAAACUAUAAACUCAUAAUUUUUUACAUAGAUCAUGUACAAAUAAGCGUGUACAUAAAAUGUUAAAUUUGCCUGUAAUAAACAUUUCUCUGUAUUCAUGUAAUAAUUAUAUAAUUCGUCAUUUAUAUAUGUAUAAAUAAUAACUUUCUGAUAAAUUUUUGUACAGUAAUCAUAAUUGACUAAUUAACUGAUGUUGUACAGUAUAUACUAUAAUCAACUGGACACGAUCGUUAUCUAAUCAGGAGUCACUAUUUAUUGUACAACAUUAUCAGUAUUUCGAUCAUUCAGUGUAUCGUCGGUGCAGGAGAGCUACCACAGGUUAAAUAUAAAAUAUUUCUUGUAGUACAAAAAUAGUAACAAAGAUAAGUUUAAGAUGAACGCUUAUAGUCAAAGCCGAGAAACAAUUUGCGGCACAAGCACAAGAAUUGUAUUUAAAAAAGAGUUCAAGACAGUUAAUGAUAUAAUACUCGGAUGGGAUACAUUUAACAGUAUAACGUUAGUUCUCUUCGUGGUACUCUUUUGUGUUUGGUGUAUAAUGUUCUUUAUAAUGUAUGAUUCAAAUGCUAUGAGUCAUGGAGAUCAUUCAGCUCACCAACACUAAGAGCAUUAACUCGAGAUACACCGUUUUUAACAAUACGUAAUAAUGAAUUUACUUGUACUAUCC